AUGGAGACGUUCUUCCAGCCGCGGUCCAACCAGGAGAAUCGUGGGCCUCUACUGCUGAUCAUCAAUGGCACGGUGACAGGCGUCGCGGCGAUCAUUGUGGGUCUUCGUGCGAUUUCGAGGAUCUUCAUCGUGAAGAGAUUCGGCCUGGAUGACUGGACAAUGGUAAUCGCGACGAUCAUCGCAAUUUUAAACGUGGUGAUUGCAGGCCUUGGAGUCAGUCAUGGAACGGGAAAGCACAAAUGGGAUCUCAUCAAAGCAGAUGUGGUGCCUGCGGCAAAGAUUCGAUACGUGACCCAUGUUAUCUACAGCCUGAUCACCGGUCUGAUCAAGGUAUCAAUCUGUCUGCUAUACCUACGCCUGUUUCCUAACCUCCGACGUGUCUCGCUUGGAACGAUCGCAUUUGUCACAGCAAUGAGUGUCGCACUCAUUCUCGCAACCAUCUUCCAAUGCACCCCGGUGGAUGCUGUCUUCGAUGAAAAGAAAUAUAAACAUUAUACCUGCUUCGAAUCGAUUCCGUUUUGGUAUGCCGGCGCCGCACUAUCUCUCGUGACAGAUAUUUGGAUUCUUCUGUUGCCACUGAGAACGGUCCUAGGCCUUCAGCUUGGGACCAGAAAAAGGUUCAUCGUCGCUGGUCUCCUAUCAUUGGGCUUCUUUGCAUGUAUAGCCAGCGUCGUACGGAUGGUCUACCUUGUCAAAUUGUAUCGAAGCUCAGAUCCCUCCUGGGACACCUUUGGGAUCUCUAUUUGGUCGGGUAUCGAAGUGGCUGUCGCUAUCAUCGCUGCCAGCAUCCCAGCAAUCAAGCCGAUCGUGGACAAGCUAUUCCCAAGGCUGUUUCCCAGCACCAUGGGAGCAUCGCAGUCAGCCAGCCAUCGGUUUUAUCCUUCGGGCAGUCGAAUUGAAAGUACCUCACGCCGCUACCAACCGAAGGAUAUUCCACUCUCACUUUUGACGAUGAGAGAAGGAAGUGACGAGGAAGAUAAUGAGUCUACAAAAGCAAUAGCACAUGCAAACUGA